CAAUCCGCGAUUCGUGAAUCGUGAUUCGUUGCUCGUUGGCCACGCCGCCUCGGAAAUGGUGUGAACGGUGAAAACGACGACGACGACCGCGGCGUAUUCUACAUUUCUACUUCUACAGUACAAGUAGACACUGUCUCGAGGUCUAGACAUUAGACAGACGGUACUUUUACCUUCUACGUAGCCAUUUGAUUCCUUUACAUCGUAUUAGGUUAUUACUUAUUCGCCAUUUUGCCGUUUGUAAUCGUUGCCUUGUUGGUCGGCGCAAAAAAAAAUUAAGUACAAAAAUCGAAUUUCUUGCAUACGUACGUGUACCGUUGUUAAACGAUGUUUCUACGGGUCUUACGUGACUUGUGUCGACAAGCGACCGCCGUUCCGUGCGGACAAAAUGUAAACCGUUUGAUACACGUAGCAGUGCCAUUGGAAAAAAACAGGGACCGUCGGAGUUUCUUGGCCUCGGUUCCUCGUAAGGACGAAGGAACCGAAGGCGAGAAAUUCGUCUUUAUCGAUUCCUCAAUCACCAAGAAAGAAGAUAUGUUUCCUGACAUAAAUACGCCCAAUAUGCUUUUUGGUGGAGUUAAAUUCUCAGAUGUACCUAUUUGUCAUAUUAAAUCAUCCAGGAACAAUACAAUACUUCAUGUCACUAAGGUUAAUGGUGAAAGGAUAAUAAUCAGGUCUUGUGGUAUGGAAGGAUUCAAAAAUACUAGAAAAGGAACUAAUAUUGCUGCCCAAGCUACAGCAAUUGGUUUGGCUACAAGAGCACUAGAUUUUGGAAUUCAUACAGUUCGUGUUACAAUUCGAGGUUUAGGACCUGGGAGAAUGUCCUCAAUAAAAGGUCUUACUAUGGGUGGUCUUAAAAUUAUAUCUGUCACUGAUGAUACUCCAAUAUCAUGGAAUCCAUUAAGAUCAAGAAAACAACGAAAAUUAUAGUUAUACCAUGUUCCAAGUUGAAGUAAGUCUGUAAUUAAUUAAUCAUUUUUUGUAAUUGUAAAAAUGUAAAAAGUUAAUAAAUAUUACACAUUUUAAAAUUA